CCUCCCCCAUCCAUAUCAUCUCCCAUCCUGCAAACUCUUCCCUGUCUUUUAAAACUUACUAUUGCACCCAAUGCUUUUCCUAUUCUCCCCCAUAUAUGCCCCCUCCUAAUUUGUCUUCCCAUUAUCCUAGCCUUGCUUACUGCUCUCCUCCCCCUCUCAUCAUGUCUCUCCUCCUCCUCCUCCUCCUCUGUCUCUCUCCCAGGACGUCGGCUGAUCCGGGGCCGCCAGGGAAAGGUUUGGGGGGCUGAUGGAAGGGAGAUGGCGGUGGCCUGGCUGGUGCUACUUUCUAUUAAAAUGAGGAGGAGGAAGAAGAAGCUGCAGCAUCAUCAUCCCUAAUAGCAGGAGCAGUAAUAGAGCAGGGAACGGCGGCAGCAGCAGCAGCAGCAGCAGCAGGAGGAGGAGUGAUGAGUCAAUACAACUAAUAAUUUAAUGGGGACACAGAAACGCUGAGAGAGAGACGCAACCAGCUCCGGACAAACAAACACAUUCACUGAUACAGCAACUUGCCAGCCUGGGAAGAACACAGCCAACAACCUAACAACAACUCCUUCUGAUUAUUAUUAUCAUCAUCAUCAUCCUGCCUAUUGUUAAAUAAUGCACAAACCCGAGACAGGAGAACAGAAUCAACCGAGGACUGAGGAGAGACAUUUUGCCUCCAGCACUUUGUUUUGACCUUCCCCAUUAUUUUAUUUUAUUUUCCUUUUUUUUUGCUUUCCAGGAGGUCUCACUUUUUCCUGGUCUCUAGUUUCCUCUCCUUCAUUUUUAUCCAUCGUCCCCCCUUUCUGUUUUUCUGUAAUUUUAUUUUUUCUGUCUCUCGAUGAAGAAGAAGGUUUCAAUCUUGCUGAAUUUUAUUGCCAUAGAAGUGGAAGCCUGAAGCCCCUUCUUGGUAUCUCCCCACUUUCUCCUCCUGAGAUGUUGCAAUUUAGUCAUUGAAUCUUUCCUGCUGGAAACUUUGUUGCGUUUAGUGUUCCAUUGUGAAAGUGACUGCACUGCUGGAUGUCACUGCUAAUCAACUCCCUCUGUGGUCCGACCACUUCUUUCUUCCUAUCAGUGCACAUACCUGUUCCUCCAAUGUGAAGCUUGCUCCAACUGUCUGGUGAUCCUUAGAGGCGGGACUGAGCAUGGAUCAUUCGAACGAGACAACUCAGGGGAUAGAACAUUCAGAAAUGUCUAACAAUGUAAACGAUCCAAAGGGUCCACCAGCCAAAAUAGCCCGCCUUGAGCAGAAUGGCAGUCCUCUAGGAGGAAGACUUGGAAGCACAGGUGGAAAAAUGCAAGGAGUGCCACUAAGACAUCCUUCACCACUGUUAAGGACAAAUAUUCGGAAAGGUAAUAUGCUUCCAGUGUUCUGUGUUGUAGAACAUUAUGAGAACUUCAUUGAAUAUGACUGUAAAGAAGAACAUGCUGAAUUUGUAUUGGUCAGGAAGGACAUGCUUUUUAACCAACUGAUUGAGAUGGCUCUACUAUCUCUUGGAUAUUCUCACAGUGCAGCCGCCCAGGCCAAAGGGCUUAUCCAAGUUGGCAAGUGGAAUCCAGUUCCCCUCUCCUGUGUGACAGAUGCCCCUGAUGCCACAGUAGCAGACAUGCUGCAAGAUGUUUUCCAUGUGGUCACACUGAAAAUACAGCUACACAGUUGUCCUAAACUAGAAGACUUGCCUCCCGAGCAGUGGUCCCACAUAACAGUCAGAAAUGCUCUAAAGGACUUACUGAAAGAUAUGAACCAGAGUUCGCUGGCUAAGGAAUGUCCCCUUUCACAGCGUAAGCAAAAAAAAUACCUGGAUUUUGUUCCUGGCUCUGCAAGUGUAGAUCAUACUAAUUGUGCACAGAGUAUGAUUUCUUCCAUUGUGAACAGCACUUACUAUGCAAAUGUUUCGGCAGCAAAAUGUCAAGAAUUUGGAAGGUGGUAUAAACAUUUCAAGACGACAAAAGAGAUGAUGGCAGAUAUUGAAGACUUAUCAGAACUGUCUCAGCAAAGUACCAAUCACGUUAACUAUGGUCAGCAGCCUGGUCCUGUUGGAACUCCAGAAAAGCCUUCAUCUCCGGUUCAGAUUUCUCACAAUAGUCAACCACCUGUGCGGACACCACUUCCCAAUUUGCAUCCAGGACUUGUUUCUACUCCCAUCAGCCCUCAGUUAGUAAAUCAGCAGCUGGUAAUGGCCCAGUUACUGAACCAGCAAUAUGCUGUAAACAGAAUACUCGCACAGCAGUCCUUAAACCAACAGUACUUGAACCAUCCUCCUCCUGUCACUAGAUCAAUCAACAAACCUUUGGAGCAACAGGUUUCGCCCAACGCAGAAGUGUCAUUCGAUAUCUACCAGUGGGUACGUGAUGAAUUAAAACGAGCUGGAAUCUCGCAAGCAGUAUUUGCAAGAGUGGCUUUCAACAGAACUCAGGGCUUGCUCUCUGAAAUACUGCGAAAGGAAGAAGAUCCCAAGACAGCAUCACAAUCCUUACUUGUAAAUCUUAGAGCAAUGCAGAAUUUCCUGCAGCUGCCAGAGGCUGAGCGUGACCGUAUAUACCAAGAUGAAAGGGAAAGAAGCCUUAAUGCAGCAUCAACCAUGGUUCCAACACCUUUGAUAAGCACACCAUCAAGUCGCCCAACACAGGUGAAGACGACUACCAUUGCAACAGAGCGGAAUGGGAACAUGGAAAACUGUACGAUGAAUAUUAAUGCUUCCAUUUAUGAUGAAAUCCAGCAGGAAAUGAAGAGAGCGAAAGUAUCCCAGGCUCUGUUUGCAAAGGUUGCAGCUUCUAAAAGCCAGGGCUGGUUGUGUGAACUAUUACGAUGGAAAGAAGAACCUUCACCAGAAAACAGGACUCUAUGGGAGAAUCUUUCAAUGAUCCGAAGGUUCCUUAGUCUUCCCCAAGCAGAAAGAGAUGUGAUUUAUGAGCAAGAGAGCAAUGCAGUUCAUCAGCACAGUGAAAGGCCAUCUCAUGUGAUCCAUGUUUCUGCAGAACAGAUUCAGCAGCAACAGCAGCAACAACAACAGCAGCAGCAGCAACAACAACAACAACCACCACAGCCUCCUGGACCCAGGUUACCCCCAAGGCAGCCCACCGUUGCAUCUCCAGCAGAAUCUGAGGAAGAAAAUCGGCAGCAACCCCGGCCACGAACAAAGAUCUCUGUUGAGGCCCUGGGUAUUUUGCAGAGCUUCAUACAAGAUGUGGGGCUUUACCCUGAUGAAGAAGCCAUCCAAACACUGUCUGCACAGCUUGACCUACCCAAGUACACCAUUAUUAAGUUUUUCCAGAAUCAGAGAUACUAUCUCAAACACCAUGGAAAACUGAAAGACAAUUCCGGCCUAGAAGUUGACGUGGCCGAUUACGACGACGAAGACUUGCCUAAAGAUUCAGAAGAGAAUACACAGGACAAAAGUACUAAUACACUGUUUCCAGUUAAACUUGAAGAGGAUCACACUGGGGAAGGAAAUACAGAUAUCACUGCUGAAAUGAAAGACUUAUCAUAAAGUUUUAUUUUUAUUCAGAUAUUCCACUGGUAUUACCAAUCACAGGUCCAUCCUAUGUACUGUCAAUAGCGGUUUUGCGUACAUUUUUCAGACAAGACAAAAAGUAACAAAAAACUAAAUGAAACAGAAAAAACAUGUUUUACUCUAAGAACGGAUUCCUUAUAUAAGAGAUUGUUUGAUAGUUCUAUUCACUGGAUAAGCCACAAUGAACUUGACGCGCAUGAUUCUAGUGCAGAUGAAUCCUUCUCUGGAGCGUACAAACAAGCCUAUGAAGCUUUUCGUGUUUCCUUUGUUUUCUGUUCUCCUGUUCGACCCCACAUUUGAUCUUCUAAGAAAUAUAAAUACGAGUGUAUGUUUCUCUUGCACAGGUAUAGAGUACAAAGGAACUUGAUUUGGUGCAACACAGUCACAAAUGAUAACAUGCCAACAAUGCCUUGUGUUAUAUGGCACUGCCGUAAUUUAGAUUUCCUCUUUUUUUUUUUUUUGGAAACGAAAAGCCGCUUUUUUUUAUUCUGUUAGUCCCAUUUAAUUAUCUGUAGAUCCUAACUAUUUUAUUUCUCCAGGGAUUUUUUUUUUAUUUUAUUACAAUACAAGUAAAAGUGGUUCUAUUUGUUACUAUUCAGAUUUUACUUUUUUUUUCUAUUUAUAUAUAUGUAUUUUGAUGGGCAGUAAAACAAAAGUGUCUUAAAAUGUUUUAAAUAGAGAAAAUGUGCUUUACAGAGUUGCCUAUAAAAAGUGCUCUAUGUUAUUCAAGCAAUUCAUACUUAUAAGCUUCACUCUUCUUGUGGUAUGCAAUUUUUACUAUCAUGCAAACAAGCUUAGGUAAAUAAAACAAAUAGAUCACCUUAGAAACUUAUGCAAUUAAUGUGAAAGAAUAAUUGAUGAUUGCAACGUGUCUUCCCCUUGGUUUACAAUCAAUUUUCAAGCUACAUCUGUAUAAAGUUACUGUAUAAAGGUAUAUUUCUUUUUUUAUGAGUUUAUGGCUAUGAAAACACCAGUGAUUUUGUUAAAGCUGGCUGUUUUUAUAAAUGUACCACAAUUUUCUUUAUGCAAAAAUGUUCUGACUAGGAGUGGUUAUUGACUGUAACUACACAAUUAAAAUUGUUUGGUAUAACA